AUGGCGGCGGUGGCGUGCGCAGAGUUCCUGGGCUUGGGCCUGGUCGUCUUCCUGGGCUGCAUGUCCGCCGUGGUCACACCAGAUGGCGAGCCGGAGCUCGUACAGGUCGCGCUCGCGUUCGGCUUUGCCGUCGUCGCUGCAGUGAAGUUCACCCAUCAAGUUUCGGAGGGCCACCUGAACCCAGCCGUGACACUGGGAGCAGCACUACGUGGUGACAUCACACUACCAGCCGCUGCUGUCUACAUCAUCGCUCAGCUCGCUGGAAGCUCUCUGGCCUAUGGCCUUCUACUGGCUGUGAUGCCCGAGUCUGUAACAUGUGACUGCACCACAGUGCCCAAGCAAGGCUGUACGGAGGCGCAGGCUUUCGGCAUCGAGGCAAUGGGUGCCACCGGGCUUGUGAUGACUGCACAUGCCAUCUGGGACCGCCGUAACCGGGGAACUGGUGAUGCAGCGCCCGUGAAGCUAGGUCUGCUGGUUUCUAGCUAUGCCUUGGCAUCUGGCCAUUACACUGGAGGCAGCAUGAACCCAGCCCGCAGUUUUGGUCCUGCCAUCUGGCACAACAUCUGGGAUGGACAUUGGGUGUACUGGGUUGGCCCCAUGACUGGUUCAGUGUUGGCAUCCCUAGUCUACCUGACAGUAUUUGAAGAUCGUCAUGCUUCACAACCUGCUCAGCAUAAGAAGGCUGGGAUUGUUGAAGUUUCCACUGUCUGCAGGGAUGGUAUAUGA